UUUCCGCAGGUUUGUUCAACAGCAGUCUAUGAACUGGAACAAACGCCUACCAAUGUGAAUCUCAAUUCUACAAGCCUCCCGAUCGUCAUAAGGAGUCCUAACUUUCCAAAUAACUACCCAAACAAUAUCAACUAUACAUUGUCUAUUCGUUCCGAGUUCGAUGUUUUACUUUUGGUCCUUUAUUUCAGACAUUUCAACGUGGAGUUUGAAGACAUCUGUACUUGGGACGCUCUCAGUCUGCAAGGGGUCAAAUAUUGUGGGACCUGGUUGACUGGUCUAGUGAUUCCAUUCUCUCUUCCUCGACUCCGGUCUUUCACUCUAGAUUUCAAGACAGAUGACGUUGUUCCCGAUUCGGGUUUUGAG